AUGGCGCACCUCAAAGGUGUUGAUGCGCCAGACCUCAGCCAAUGCCGGCCGGUUACCCGCGACCCCCCUCGCGACCAAUCAUAUGCUGAAGCCGAUAUGAAUCCUGCCCAGUCCACCCCUGCCGCAUCCUUGCGUCGCUCCUCCUCCGCGACCUCCCUAAGCAAACUACACUCAAUGGCGCAGUCAAGCUGGGAGAUUCCUGCACGGUGGGCCGAGGCAAUUGGCUUGAAUAUCUGCGUCCUCCGAGUCUGCUGUCUUGCUGCCCACCCAGUCGCCGUUGUCUCUUCUUUCAAUCACGCUUCUCGCGCUAGCGACCAGCAUCUUCUACUCACCGUGGGAGGCGAUGAGCUUUAG